AUCGCAUCUCCGCAUUCAAGGCAGAGCUAGUAGUGGUCACAUCGCCAAUUCACAGUCGAAUCAAGCAAACCAUCCAAAUCACACCCAACUCUUCUUCUUCCCAUCCUCCAGAGAUCCAAGCAGCUUAGCCAUGUCGCUGGUGAGGCGCAGCAACGUGUUCGACCCCUUCUCCCUCGACCUCUGGGACCCCUUCGACAGCGUGUUCCGCUCCGUCGUCCCGGCCACCUCCGACAACGACACCGCCGCCUUCGCCAACGCCCGCAUCGACUGGAAGGAGACGCCGGAGUCGCACGUCUUCAAGGCCGACCUCCCCGGCGUCAAGAAGGAGGAGGUGAAGGUGGAGGUGGAGGAAGGCAACGUGCUGGUGAUCAGCGGCCAGCGCAGCAAGGAGAAGGAGGACAAGAACGACAAGUGGCACCGCGUGGAGCGCAGCAGCGGGCAGUUCAUGCGGCGGUUCCGGCUGCCGGAGAACGCCAAGGUGGACCAGGUGAAGGCCGGCAUGGAGAACGGCGUGCUCACCGUCACCGUGCCCAAGGCCGAGGUCAAGAAGCCCGAGGUGAAGGCCAUUGAGAUCUCUGGCUAAAAUGGUGAAAACGGGAGUUUGUCAAGGUCAAGGCGUGUCAUGCAUGUUCACUCUGAACUGUUUGCGGUGUUUCACUCGGGUUUGAUGGUUUUUACUAGUCCUAUGAACUGUGUAUUCUUUUGUACUCUGUUGUGAGCGCGUUUGCACGAAGCAAUAAAUAAAAAUAAAAUCAGCUUGUUUGUAUA